AUGUCUGACAAAGUCGCUAGGAUAAUCAUGAAUUUGUUAACAACAGAGCCUGCAUAUAUAAAUGUCAUGCCACCACCCUACGACACCUGGAAAACUUAUGAGGAAAAAGUUGUAAAAACCCUGUCAUGCCUAAGGAGGGAUGGAAUAGCGAAAUUGUCUUACCCUGCAUUAUCAUCUGGGAAGCUUGCAGAUCUACUAUCUAUUCCAGAAAUGGGGAAUAGAGCAGAUCUAUCAGACUGA